AUUCUAUGCCGAUCCGGGUAGGAGCCCAGUAUUACUGUUCUUCGAAACCGGUUACUCCCCUUCGUUUCUGUGUUGGAAUGUCAAACGUGCACACGUUCUUGUGAUCGAGUCGACUGUAUGAACGAGGGUGUACCAUUGCUGGUUAAACUGACGAGACUUGUGGCAACAGUCACAUAAAGUGGGGGAGAUAUACUGGAUACAUUCGACAGGUUUAGGUGUGAACGAAAUCUGAUAUCGAUGUCUGCCACAUCUGCAGUUGUUGACGAGAAAACGCGUGAUCUCGAGGGAGGGAAAAUGGCGAAGACUGUCUCAUCAUCGGGGGAUGUGUUGAAGUACUUCAGUUUAAUGUGCCUGACUCUGCAGAAUGCUCUGCUCAUCCUCGUCAUGCGCUAUGUCCGGACUCGGAAUGGAGACAUGUUCAUGGCAACCACAGCUGUCAUCCUGUCUGAGAUACUCAAGUUCUCAUCAUGCUUGCUGCUCAUCCUCUACCAAGAAGGAAACUUGCGACGCUUCCUACAGCGUCUCAACGAGGACAUAAUUCAACAGCCACUCGACUGCCUCAAAGUGUCUGUACCCUCGCUCAUAUACACGCUGCAGAAUAAUCUGCUGUAUAUGGCAGUGUCAAAUUUGGAUGCUGCAACCUUUCAGGUGACCUACCAGCUGAAGAUUCUAACGACUGCCAUCUUUUCUGUGUUCAUGCUGAAGAAACAGCUGAGUAAGCUUCAGUGGAUCUCACUGGUGAUUCUGUUUGUGGGCGUGUCAAUCGUCCAGAUGCAGCCCACUGCCGACAAAAAGGACGUGAAGGAGAAAGUGACCACUGAACAGAAUCCCGUCAAAGGCCUCAUAGCAGUCAUCAUAUCAUGUCUGAUGUCUGGGUUCGCUGGGGUGUACUUUGAGAAGAUUCUUAAAGGCACGCACCAGUCUGUCUGGUUGAGGAACGUCCAGCUGGGCACUCUAGGCAGCGUCAUUGGCGUCAUCACCAUGCUGAUCAAGGACGGAUCAAGUGUUAGAGAAAAAGGAUUCUUCCAUGGAUAUGAUGGAGUGGUGUGGUUUGUUGUGUGCCUCCAAUCAUUCGGAGGUCUGCUUGUGGCCGUUGUGGUGAAGUAUGCUGACAAUAUUCUCAAGGGUUUCGCCACCUCGGCAGCCAUUGUGAUAUCUUGUAUCGCUUCCAUGUACUUCUUCAACUUCCAGUUGUCUCUUCAGUUUGUAGUGGGUGCCUCGUUUGUGAUGCUGGCAGUGUAUAUAUACAGCAGAUAUGUCCCAGUACCACCCAAGGCAAUACAGUCGACUUAAAUCUUGAAGAGACAGACCCUGCCUUCAUGAAGUCACACCCUAUCUAUUUUCAGCUGCAUGUGUUGAUCAUCGAAAUCAUUAGAGGAAAAUCAGACUGUCAUUAACAAAUUUUUGUCAUGGUCAUGUGUGAUGAGGCUUGACUCUUGGGGUGAAACGGUACGCUCUUAUUCUGGUACGGUAAAUAUUGUGGUACAGCUACUGCAAGACCUUCAGUCCGGUUCGGUUUGGUACAUGAGAUAUGAUCAUAAUGCAGAAAUUGACAACAAGAGUGAAACCAUUGAAAAAAAAUAGCCAUAAUCUUUGUUAUUUUGAAUGAACAAAACUGUCAUUUUAUGACUAGCUGGAAAUGCCGGUACGAAAAGUGAAUUUUUGGGAUUGCAUUACGGACUGAAGGCAAGAUACCAUGGUUCUACUAACACCGCGGUAUACCGUUUCACCCCUACUUGACUCACGCUUUUAUUUUAUUAAACAUUGUAUGGGAGGGCUUAUAUGAAGUUACCAUGGAAGCUCAAUUGACUGUUUAACAACAUAGUAUGUGGGUGUAUAUCCUGUGUAUUAUCAUGUCUGGGACGUGUUAUGUACUUCGUUGUCCAGAUAACUAACACCAAUAAUGCUGCUACUCACAUUGGGAUGGUGAUUGUGUAGCAUGGUCAAUAUGGUGAAGGAAGAAAGCUGUUCACUACUGGUUUACUUUGAAGUAUAUAAAUUGUGAAUCUCAUGUUAGCCACAUUGAAAUGAAAAAUCGACAGGUGUUGUGUUGCAACAGCGUAACAGGCCAUCAGAUUCCCAUCUUCAUCUUGUAGGACAUCCAGAUGUUAUCAUAAAUGUCAGUGGGGAAUUUUCAUGACUGUAUCAUCUUUUCAUCAGGCCUUUGUCUAUUUCAUUCGACUUGCCAUAUUGUUUUUGAGUUUCUUAUCUCCAUCUUCAGCAAUCAAGGGAAAGGAUGGGGGAAAUAUAUUUUUGAAAAAGGUGUUUCCCUAAUAGUAUACAUCUUAAUAUUUAAAGUACUUGGUACCAGUCUUACAGUUUUACCAGAUAGUUACUUGGCUUCAGAAAUAAAUGUCUAAUAAACAUUGCUGCAGCAAUGACUGUUUGUUUUAUGAGUGUUUGAUGGUAGUAGUUUGUUUUCAGUCACGGUGGCAAUUAAUUUUCAAUUGCAGCAGGGAAAUUUGAGGUUUGAAAAUUUUAUAUUAUUUCACAUUAGAAUGAAAAUGCAGGGUGAGCAGGAGA